UGAGCGAUUGCAAACUAAAGAAUAUACCUACAUCGCGGCGAUGACACGUAGACACAACAUUUAGAAAGGACGACGGUCUGUUUACAUCGCCGUGAUCCUUAUUGCCUUUCUGACUGUGUGAGUGGUGCCCGCGUUUGUACGUACGAACGUGUAACGUGUCAUUGAAAAAUAACAUUUGCAAUAACAGUAACGGCAAAUUGAUGUAAUUUUGCAUCUCGAGACGAGCGGAACACGACGGAUUAUAUCAAUUUGUCGUUACCGUUAACGCGAGUGUUAUUUUGCAAUAUUAUCACCGAAGAAGCAUCGAUUAAUCGCAUCAACAGAUAUACAUUUGAUAGAUACAGAUAGCACGUAAUCGUACGGUAUCGAAUACCGCUAAAAACUUCCGAUCGCCUGGUGUUCGCUACCAAGUCGGUGACUGUUUUAAUUUACGUGAGAUGAAAGAGUCAAGGGCGGACCUAUACGAAAUUGUAAUUACGGUGACGCGUAUAUUGGUGCAACGUUCGCAAAGUCUCCAUCGAGUGUGUGAUUACGCGUGGCGUUCACGCCUGUGUGCUCUCUCGCGGAAAGGCCUGCUGAAGAAACUGCGGUUCUUGAUAAAUCAUUCGGACCUGCGUACGAUUGUCAAGUGUUUUAAUCGCGGGAUAUUCGCCGACGACCCGGACAUUCUCUGUAUCGUGUACGACGAAAUUGUUUUACGUGGCUUACAAAAUACCGUGUACGUGGAGGGCAUAGUCGGACGGUACAAAAAAUAUUACCAGUGCGACGGUUCAAUGGUUGCCGCUAAUAAUACUUUAACGGAAAGUCCGCAGAAUGGAAAUACAUCAUUGAUGGGGCAAGGAAGCUUGUCAAAAGCCAUCCUUAAAAGAGCAUCAGAGGCUGAUAUAGAAGAUGUCAGUAAUGCUAAGAGACGUCAUAAGAAUCCACAGCCGAAGAAUGCAGUAUGCGCGCUGAACGAGCUAAAAACUGGAGCUAUUUACAAAGUGGUAGGCCAGACUGGACCCACUCAUGCUCCGAUAUUCACAAUUGCGGUACAGAUCGAUGGGCAAACGUACGAGGGAAAAGGACGCACGAAGAAAAUGGCAAAGCAUGCAGCUGCGGAACUUGCUUUACGGAAUAUCAUUCAGUUUAGAAAUACACCGGAGGUUCAUCAAGCCAUCAAUACUUGUCAAUCUGUUGUACCUCUCGAACCGGAUUUCACAAGCGACGUGACUGAACGCGAUAAUCAUCUUGUCAACGCAUUUAAAACACUAACGCAAGAGCCAAAGAACACGAGUAAAUUCUUGGAUAAAGGUCCAGUGGCGUUAAUCAACGAACUCUAUCCAGGCGUUAUAUACAACUGCAUAUCCGACAAUGGAGAGAGUUACGCAAAAUUCACAAUAUCCGUAACUAUUGACGGAGAAACAUUUGAAGGAACAGGUCCGAGCAAGAAACUGGCCAAGGCAGCGGCGAGUAAAGCGGCUUUAGCGAAAUUGCGAAAUGUUCACAGUUCCUCAUUUUGUAUACCGCUCCCUGUCCGCAUCUUGCCCAAUUUCUCUAAUUCCGCACAUUGGCAGGAACAAAUGACUCUUCCGCAAAUGUUAGCCGACAAAAUUGGCAAGAUGGUGAACCAGAAAUUUAGCGAACUCAUCCAAAGCAAACCGCAGCACGCGAGACGUAAGGUUUUAGCUGGUAUUGUACAAACGAAAGGAACAGACGCUGAACUGAUAUGCGUCACUACUGGUACAAAAUGCGUGUCGGGCGAACAUUUAAGUGUCAGCGGUGGUGCCGUUAACGAUUGCCAUGCGGAGGUAGUGGCACGUCGAUGUCUCUGUGAAUAUUUGUACAAACAACUAGAACUAUACACUGAGGGCGACAGUAUGGAAUCUAUUCUCGAGCCAGCUAAGAAGGGAUUCAAAUUAAAGCAAGGCAUUCAAUUUCAUUUAUACAUAAAUACCGCUCCCUGUGGAGACGCGAGGAUUUUCUCGCCUCACGAGGAAAACGAGUCCGUGGACAAACAUCCCAAUAGGCGAGCGAGAGGUCAAUUACGUACAAAGAUAGAAUCCGGCGAAGGGACUAUUCCCGUCAAGAGUAACGAGGGUAUCCAAACUUGGGACGGCGUCUUGAUGGGUCAAAGACUGCUGACGAUGUCGUGUUCGGACAAAAUAGCUCGAUGGAACGUACUUGGUGUGCAAGGUGCGCUUCUAAGCCACUUCAUCGAGCCAAUUUACUUCCACAGCAUUGUUCUCGGCAGUCUUUUGAACCCCAGUCACAUGUACAGAGCAGUGUGCGGUCGUAUCGAAAAUACCAUUCAGGGCUUGCCGCCGCCGUACAGACUCAACAAACCGUUAAUGAGUCUAAUCACAUCAUCUGAGGUCAGACAACCUGGAAAAGCUCCUAAUUAUAGCGUCAAUUGGACAAUCGGACAGAGCGAAGCCGAGGUCAUAAAUUGCACGACUGGGAAAGACGAAUUGGGAAAACCUUCCAGAAUAUCUAAGCAGGCAUUCUUUAGAAGGUUUUUCAAUCUCUUAGGUAAACUUUCGACCAUAGAGGAUGUUGAUGAGAAUCGUUGUCGUCAUUAUCUUGAGGCAAAAUUGUCGGUACAGGACUACUCGCUUGCUAAACGUCAAUUGAAGGACGCUUUCGUGAGAGCGCAGCUUGGCAGUUGGGUGAAAAAACCGAUUGAGCAGGAUAUGUUCGAGGUCGAUAUCUGACUAAAUCAGAGUAAUAGUAACACCUCACCAGAGAAAAGUAACGAAAAGAAACAAGUCGCGGAGUAUGUAGUUCCUAGUGCAAAAUAGAUCGCUCGUUCGGCGUGUCAUAAUAUGGCAGAAUUUGGUAUCAGUAAAGCAUAAAUCGUAGGAUCUCGCGCAUAUAAUCGAUCUUGCGCCCUGUAUGAUCUCAAUAUAUUCAUCGUGUUCAAAGUGUGUAUUACGAAUCAUUUGUUUUAUUAAUUACCAACAGUAAUUUCGACGCAAUGUAGUCGGUAGAGAGAGGUAUGCACCAGGACUUAAAGCUUACGUUAUUUUGACGUGUCUCAACCAGCGAUUAUAGAUUAUAGAUGUAAAGUCGAUUCAGCACAUAUCUAUAAUGGAAUUUUAUAGUACUAGCAUGGUACAAUAUAUAUUAUUUUCCAUUUUCUUUCUUUUUUCUUGGAUACAUUUCCUAAUUUCGAUAUACUAUCUGAAGAAGAGAGCAAAUGAGAUCUGUCCAGUGGUCUUUCUCUUUCUCUCUCUUUCUCUCUCUUUCUCUCGUAUAAAUGAGUUUUGCCGAAAAAUUUUAUUGUUUUGUAUACAGAUACUUUUAAAUAUAUAAUUUCUACCUGUCCGUUUUCAUAAUGCGUGAGCGAUUAAUGUCCAAAACCACUUUGAAUAGUUCUUGAAUUAAAAUAGUAUCGAUAGGCAAUAUAGUUAUACUAUACUAUAAAUGCAUUAAAUCUUAUAACAUACCCAGAUAACAUUCUACUAUGCCAGAGAUAUGCAAAUUAUACAGCAGAGAGGUAUAAUCGCAGUCUUCUGAAUAGAAUUGUAAUUUAACGUUCGGUACGAUGCAUCUGACAUGCACUAUACGCACGAUAACGUAAACAUCAUGUAUUAUACACAAUGGACAUAUCUUUGCGUAACUGUGCACGAAAGAUCAGCGUUAAUCUCGAAUGAUCUUGUAUGUUUCGAUCUCUCAAAAUAUCGGAAAUUCGGAACUUUGCUGUCAGUUUACGAAAUGCUAUCUGGGAUCUUUCUAUAGAAGUACAUUAGGUAUCGUAGCAACGAGUUAAGUUGCAAUAUUUUGCACUCUCAACGGCUGUGAUUGGAUUCAGAUCUGAAAAAUGGAUCUUAAUCAUAAAAGAUACCACUUCGUCGUGAAAUUCAGUGAAAAAGACGGACAGUAUGUCUCUCAUCAAUAUUUGUACAUUAAUUGCAACUUUCCAUUAUUUCCGUAGCGACCAACAGCGUUCUCGAUUAUUAUCGCUAUUCUCACUAGAACUCUAGCAUCAUAUCUGGGAAUGCAUCCAAUUCUUUUUUUAUUUUCAACAUGUUUCCUAUAUAUAUAUAUAUAUAUAUAUAUAUAUAUAUACACAUAGCGAGAAGAGUAUAUGAUUUAGACAUCGCGUAGAAACAAAAUCCCUGAGAACGAGUUAGGAACGGAUCGCACGUGUUUUAAUAUUAGAAUUACUGAUUUCAAUACAAUUAAAAUCGUAAUGUACAUCCGUGUACUUCGUUACGUAUGAAAUCUGCAACUGUCCGCAGCCACAGAUUAAUGUAGUAGUUAUUAUUCAAUGUACAGGAUAUCUCUCGCAUCAAGCGGAUUUACUUUGAAAACUUUUCUCCUUUACCUCUCUCUCUCUCUCUCUCUUUUUUUUCUUCUUUUCCCCAAUUUUGAGUAAAUUUUUCCUUAGCAAGAAUGUCAAAAUUAAGAUCGUUUAUGGGAAUUUUCUAAUUUGUAACAUUGUAUGCAAAUGUAAACAUCCUUGAGUUUUAGAAAAUUUUGUAAUAUAUAAAUGGCAUGAGUUUAUAAAAUUUUAUUGCGUUGAAGUUAACUUGAAAUGCACUGAGAUAUAUGAAAAGUGACACAAUAUUAUAAAGAAAAAAUUGACUCAAGAUUGGCCAAAAAUACAAUCCCAAAGGAAAUACGCUUAGUGCGGCACAUCCUGUAUAGAAAUUAAGUGAAUGGAAGAAAAUGGAAGUGGUGUAAAAAGAGAACAUGAUAAUAAUUACUUGUGCGCGCGACAUGCAUAAUUAUAUAGUUUUUCAGGUAAAUACGUUAAAUAAGCAUCAAAGUAGUGUAUUUAGAGAAUCCUAAGGUCAUUGCCUCACUGUGCCAGUAUUACGAUUAAUGCAAUUCUGCCGUAGUGACACACUGCCCGGUGCUGGUCCAGUUUUGCAUAAAGAACUCGGUUAAUUUUAUUUAAACUAAUGCGAACAAAAGACACCAAAUAAUAAUUUAUUUUUUAGAGUUGCAAUAUAGGCGAUUGUUAGCGAGACGUUAUCAGACGUUAUGUAUUAUUUUCUCGAACAAGUGUAUAUCUUUGUAGAGGAGUUAGAGAGGGAAGGGUGAGAAAGAAGGAAAAAAAUUAAUAUAAGCGUACGAAUUUAACUUAAGCAUAAGUGGUACACGCAAUCGUUUCGACAGAUACACAACUUUACGAUUAAUAAGUCAAGUAAUUUCUUUUCUUUCCAUUUUUAUAACCAGUGGAGAAAAUUGAUGUAUUUGCGUUUGAGUUUGCUACGUUUGAGUUCCUAAGAAGUGCGCGAGACAUCAGAGCGUCCGAAACAAAUAACUUAUUUUCUUGCUUUC